UCGAUGCAGAAAGGUGCUAAAAGUAUCACUGCAUAAAAUGGAAUGCAAGAUCGCAUUUUUCUGUUUCAUUCUAUGUGCUGGAAAUACCUUUCUACUCUCUGAAGGUAUGAAAUUCUUGCACAAAAAGUACGUCAUCUUGAUAACAGCAGGAUCAGCAAAAGGUCCAAUCGCGAAAAUCAAAGUAGAAACAUCGUCAUCACGAAUUUCAUAUGGUAUCCAUGGGUCACGCUCGCUUGUAGAUAUUGAUAACCGCGGGAAAUUGAAGUUAAUGAAGAAACUCGAUAAUAACGUGGCGGCAUCAAUAAACAACACAGCGAUAACAGUUACAGCCAAGAAACAGGGGACAUCUGACAAAGCGUCGACAACAGUUAUCAUUAUCGUUUUACCCGUAAAUUUUGGUGACCAAUUCGUUUCUCAAAUCAAAAUGGAAGCAGAAUCCAAAGAGAAAAACAAACAACCAAAGUACCGUAAUUACUCGAAUAAACGCCUCCCUCGAAUAAACGCCGCCCUCGAAUUAACGCCGCAGGGAAAAGCAAAAAUAUCAUUAAACGCCGCCCUCAAAUAA